AUGGCCUUGUCCCUUCCACUCUCGAGGGCGCUUCCUCAGCUUCCACGAUUCGGACUCCUCUCCGCCGCAAUCGCCUUGCCUUCCAUCUCCAUCACUAUCCCGCCGCUACUGUCCGAUCUCUGGGACUCAGUCCUCCGCGCCGUCCCGAAGAAGAAGACCUCACACAUGAAGAAGCGUCAUCGUCAAAUGGCCGGAAAAGCUCUGAAGGAUGUUCAAAGUCUCAACAAGUGCCCGGGUUGCGGUCAGAUCAAGCGCGCCCAUCUGCUGUGUCCCACCUGCGUGAAAGAUAUCCAGCAAUCGUGGAGGUCUGAGCCCGUUCAAACCGCAUAA